AUGACUCUUCAAGACACACCCAUAUGUGAUGAUCCCCAGCCGCAGGAGAGUGACAGCAUCAUCGAGACGUACUUCUCCCUCGUGUGCGGUCGGGAUGGGGUCAAACCCUCGGAUUUCGACGAGUACUUUACCUCUUACAAGGACGAAACCGCGCUUCUUCUGUUGAAAGGAGGGGAAUACCGGGCCAAUCGCUGGAAAUUUCCGAUCCACACGCACCGCCAUGCCAUUGAAGUCGUGGAAAUCCUGCAGAUGAAUGCCUCGACGGCACAUCGCGACGAGGUCAGAAAGCAGGUACGCCAGAGGCUGUCACUGCCCCCGACCAGCAGUUUCGAGGCAGAAGACGAGGCCAUUGACUUCACCUUGCGCCUCUGGCUGAUGAUCAACUUUCGGGAUCCGCAACAUGUUGGGCUUGGGCAAGGGCGGCCUCCUAUCGUAUGGCGGAACAAUCGUACUUUGUCAGCGCAGGUCGAGUCUCUUUUUGCGAAGUCGACGACUGAAUUGUCGCCCCUUCAAAGGAGACUGCACCCCAAUUUCAAGGCCGUGAACCUGGUGAAUAUAUGUCGCUUGAAGCUCAAAUGGACUUCUAGUCUGGAAGAUCAUCUGCGGCUGGACCGAGAUCACAACACGCUCUGGAUUUUCCCCGGUCGCCGAUUUCUGAAGUUUGCCGCGGGCUCCAGCACCCUACCGAUUUGUGCCGAACUUCUGGAUGAGACAAGCAGGACUCUGGACCUCCUCUUCCCCUCGUGGGAUCAAGACAUGAAGCGGAUGAUGAAGAAACUGAAGAGGGAUUUCCACCGGGUCCAUUGCAGAGACCGCUCCCUGGACCUGAGGCAUUAUCUUUUCUGGAGGGACAGGCUGCUGGAGCUGUAUGAAGACGUGUAUCUGGCGCCGCCGGGGGGUUGGGCCCAGCUAUGGUACGACCAACGAGAUCCUCAGAAGUUCUGGACAUUCUGGGUCGCGCUGGUGGUAUUGGUGUUGACGGUCCUUUCGACCGUUGCAACAUUAUUGCAGACAGUGCUAGCCCUGAGACAAAGUUGA